AUGGCUUCGAGUCUAGAGACCAUUUGUGUGCCCCAUCUACCGACAUCUCUGCCAGUACAUGUUGCUCUAUAUCGUGAUGUGCAAAAUGCCGCCUCGCUGAAAGGUCAGCUUCUCGCUGGCCAAAAAGAAUUCGAGUAUGCCUUCAUUGAUGCAAGCAUGGUGCUGUCAAGGGCGCAUGCCAUUGCUGCAGUGUUCAGAGCAGUUAAUGAUUACAUGCACAAUCGACUUAGGUCCCAUAACGUGCAUUCUGAGAUUGUAUUCUCAUUGAAUCCUACAAAUAAUAUUGCCGAAUCAUUCCGUAGAUUUGGUAUUACCGAUUCAACCAAAGACUUGUUGGUCAUCAAGGUCUCUGUCUCUCCGGAAAUAACCCAUGAGUCUGUUGCAGCCCAUUUGGACAGCUCGGUCCAAGGAACUCCCGUGCCUUUCAAUGACCAGACACUUUUUGAACUUGCGGAUAUCAACAAGAUCAAGAAAGCAUACAAGUUGGGGGCUCUGCCUUCGCCAACGGCCAAGGAGAAUGACGAGGCCAAGCAAAGGCUCGAAAACUCCUUGUUGAGCGCAAUUGCUUUGAGAGGAUCGUGA